ACGGGACGCGCUGGGACGGGCGCCGGGGGUCGCGGGCGCGGCCCGGGGCGGGGGCGGCAUGGAGCGGAGGUGGGUCUUCGUGCUGCUCGACGUGCUGUGCGUGCUGGUCGAUCGAAGGAGUCGGUGUCCUCCGCCCGCGGCAGCAGGAAGUCGCCUCCGGGGCCGCACGAGCCUCCCCCUGCCGCCCGCCAGGCGCAGCGCCGCUCGGUUCGGCCGGGAGGCCUCCCUGCCUUUCACCAUCCUGACAUUUGUGAACGCCCCAUACAAGCGAGGCUUCUACUGCGGAGAUGACUCCAUCCGGUACCCCUACCGUCCAGACACCAUCACCCAUGGGCUCAUGGCUGGGGUCAUCAUCACAGCCACUGUCAUCCUGGUGUCGGCCGGGGAGGCCUAUCUGGUGUACACAGACCGCCUUUACUCCCGCUCUGACUUCAACAACUACCUGGCCGCCCUUUACAAGGUGUUGGGGACAUUCCUGUUUGGGGCUGCAGUGAGCCAGUCGCUGACAGACCUGGCUAAGUACAUGACUGGCCGGCUGCGACCCAACUUCCUGGCGGUGUGUGACCCCGACUGGAGCCGUGUCAACUGCUCGGUGUAUGUGCAGGUGGAUGUGUGCAGGGGAAGCCCUGCUAAUGUCACCGAGUCCAGGCUGUCUUUCUACUCUGGACAUUCCUCCUUUGGGAUGUACUGCAUGGUGUUCUUGGCGCUCUACGUGCAGGCCCGGCUCUGCUGGAAGUGGGCACGGCUGCUGAGGCCCACCGUGCAGUUCUUCCUGGUGGCCUUUGCCCUCUACGUGGGCUACACCCGCGUGUCUGACCACAAGCACCACUGGAGUGAUGUUCUUGUCGGCCUCUUGCAGGGAGCGCUGGUGGCCAGCCUCACUGUCCGGUACAUCUCCGACUUCUUCAAAGUCCGGCCCCCGCAGCACAGCCCAGAGGAGGAGGAGCUGGAGCGGAAGCCUAGUCUGUCACUGACACUGACCCUGGGCGAGGCCGACCACAACCACUAUGGGUACCCGGUCUCCUCCUCCUGAGACCCGGAGCUGCUUCCAGCUGGGUUCCUUGUUCCUGGCAGGUCCCUCACCUGGGAUGGUGGUGAGGGCUCUGGAUGCCCCUGCUGGAUCCUGGAGCAAGUUCCACUGACACACCUCAUGUGUACUGGACCAGGGGUCUGGGGGUGCCUGGGGCAGCCCUAGCGUUUGGAGGGGGACCCUUCCUCAGGACCCCUUUUGUUGGGUUUGGGAAGGGACCAAGUGAUCCUUAUGGAUGCUGUUUUUGUAAAAUGUAAUGUAUAUGCAGAUUUUUAGUAAAAUAGGGCAUUUGCUUGA